UGGCGGUGUGAUGGUUGUCCUAAUCACAUCCAUACCUGCAAGAGCGCUAGUAUGAAAGUGCGGAGAUAUAAGUUUCAUCUUAUCUGAUCCGCGCGCUUCGGAUCUAUCGGCGAACUCGUCAGGGUUGACGGGGUUUCGGCUCCGGAGUCGGGGUAGCUACGCAGGCACUAGACGAUUUAGGUACAUAAGUGGCAGGAAGCUAUGGACCCAUGGAUCCAUGGAUGGAAGGAGAGGAGAAUGACAAAGGAAUUAUACUAUAUACCCUGGUGAAGGUGACGCAAUCAGUCUCUACGGUUUCAAUAAUUGUUUUAAAGUUAUAUCCUCCUUUGGCGAACCGCAUUUCUACAUUUUUUUCAUCUCAUGAUCCCAGCCUGCGUGUCCCAUUCGUUCCAGAUAAGACGUGACAGUGACUCGUAAUAUCUUACGAGGAAGUAUAUAAUCAGCUUGUUGGCUGCCUUCAGCCUUUGGUUUCGUCAAUCAUUCUUUGUCCAACAUAUACACUUAUCUACAUCUAUUACAUCAAGAACAGUCAAGAUGAAGGAAGGGACAACACUGCUCUACACCACCGAGACGCUGGGCGACCGCGUCUCCAAAUACUCUGAGUCUAUCUCAGUCCCAGUUCCUCAGAAACUCAGAGACUACCAUGCCCGUAUUUUCAAGGAGCGUGAUGAUUCUAACUACAUGAUCUCGACCUUUGAGUCUCAGGCUUUGAUCUUUCUCGCACGUAUGAUCGGCGCUAAGAGAGUUCUCGAAAUUGGCGUUUAUGUUGGAUUUUCGGCUAUGAUCUGGAGCCAUGCUGUCGGGCCUCAAGGCAAGGUCACGGGUCUUGAGUACGAUGAAGAGUACUCCGAGUUAGCCCGACAAGCCGCGAAGGAAAACGGCUACGACAACAUCGAGAUCCACACCGGCGAUGCUGCUGAGACCCUACCCAAGCUCGCUUACCCCGACGAGCCGUACGACAUCGUCUUCCUCGAUGCCAACAAGACAGCGUACCCAGGAUAUUUGGCCAAGAUCCUAGAGAUGUCUCAGCCGGGCGCGAAGCAGCGACUCGUGCGACCGGGCGGAAUCAUCGCGGCGGACAACGCGCUGCGACGUGGCCUCGUCGCCGACUCUAGCUCCGAUAACCCGUGGCUGCCCGCCGACUUCGAUGGCGUCUGGGAAGGCAGCGCCGUCGCUGCUAUUCGCAAAUACAACAAAGCGGCGGCAGAGAAUAGUCGUUUGGAGACCCUGAUGGUCCCGCUUUGGGACGGAUUGAACUUGGCUAGACUUGUGGAUUAAGUGCCUAAGUAGUUGGACAGUUAGUCCGGACUUAUUUUCUUAUUUAGGGCAAGGCUACGUUGGGCUGAGAUGAUGGUGCGAGAUUCGAUUUAUGAUAUAGGACAAUUUUGCGAAUUAGGUAUCAUUUAGGCCCCUCGGCUACGUACGGUGUUACCGUAUGCGACUGUUGGAGGACAGGGGCUGGAGACCUUAUUCGCAUCGCCGCCGCCGCCCGGUAACCAAUCAAUUUAUUUGGUUACCAUUCACUUGGACUCCUGUUGGUGAUGAUACUAUGAGAGCCACAUAUACGGUGUCACGGUGUCACCCACCAUCCUGGCGGGAAUUGAAUUCGCCCACCGUCCCGUGUCUUGGCACGGGUAACCAUAUCAAGCCCCGCGAACGCCACCACAUUGGUCGACCGGAUAAGGCGAUAUGCU